AUGGGCGGCAUGAAUCUUCGUACCAAGAUUCGUGCUCCGAUGCGGUAUGGCGAAUCCAGUGAAGAGUCACCAACUGCUGCUCUGCUUGAGUCGAUGCGUCGCUCCCGAGCAGAAACUACCGAGGGGAUUCAAGACUCCGAUAACCCACAUGAGUCGCAUCCGUUCCAGAGAAAACUGAAUGUUGAGUUCGAGAGAAAGUCCAUUAUCGAUUUUGAUCCAAAUUUACCUCCCGCCGCGUUUCCAACAGUAGAAAUCACCAAAGCAACCUUGUCGACGAAAACGACUAUGGCGAUUUGCGAGUACUCUGCUGGGAGUCUGUCCUUUUCGCAGAGACCAAAUCAAGAUGACGAUGAUGUGGAUCAGGCGACUUUGAAUGAUAUUGAGAAUCAUGUCGCGAGCAACAAUGAGUUGAACCCUGUCUACCUGAAGAAUAUGGCAAUCAUGGCUGGUCAGGUCCAUGAUAGUGUUCAAUACAAGAAUGCUGGCCUUGAUUUUGAGGAUAGUGACCUGGACGAGCCGAAGGACGCAUCGGUGGUUCUGGGGGAGAAGGUAAAUUUGAGAUCCCUGUCCAGUGACGAUAGCUUCGCGCUACGGAAACCAACUAACCCUAUGAACUCUUCUCGACAGAUCUCCGAUCCCACCUGGGCUGAUAUCGUGCCCCACAUGCAGGUCGAAAUCGUCGAAAACAUGUUUAAAGACGGGAUGAGCUGGAAGCACAUCUAUACCAGACUUGAGAUUCCGAGAAAGGGUCGAAACAAGUUCAAGGUAUUCCUGGAAACUCGCAACCAGCAGAUGAGAAGAGAGGAUAGGAACCUAGCCAAGAUGCGUGAGAACCAGUUACGUGCUUUGAUGCGCAUUGAUAACAGUGACAUCAAGACGAACGAUGUACCACACCAGCUGGUUCUUCGCAGAUCCUUCGGGAAAGCUACCCAAGAAAGCAUGUCAGAUCGAAUUCCCGAUUUUUUCCUCUGCCAGGCUGCUGAUGUCCUGGCUGGAAGACAGUAUCUGGCCCGCCGAUCACUCCCACGAAGCCUGGCGGGGGCCUGGGAUCAUAGUCUUGUGGCGCUGCGAAAACUGGAUGACGAGGCCAGCUUCGAGCCGGAACAAUUUGAGUGGAAAGAGGAUCUCACCUUAGCGCCUGAACUCUCAGAUGAGAUCGAGAUGCUAAGAAAUGGAGAUAAUCCCAUUCUUAGAACCAAACGAGGAUACAUCCAAUGCGUUCCUGGUAAGGGCACAGUUUACAUUCGCGAUCUGGAUCUCAAGCCCGGUGAUGAGCAGCCUACCGUGGACUGGCGCAAAUACUUUCCAUACUGCAAGCCGAUUCCUGAUGAUCAAGUUCAGGACUUGGAACUCUACGGUCAAAGCGAUGGGCUAGUCCGUCUGGCCAUUGGCCCGGGGGGAGCAGCGCAGAUCCAGUGGGAUGAUGAAGAGACAAAGCAAGCUAAUCCUAUGGUAAACUUUGAAUCGUCGCCAUGGACCCCACCGCGACAGGUGCGUACCCCCAAUCCAGAGUGGCCGCCGGUCGUGGCACCUGAUGAUACUCCGAUGAAGAUGUCCAUCAAUCCUAGGAUGCUAGCUGAUCAGCUGGCGGCGCUUCCGGGCCAGCCUUGUGAGGAGUUCCGUGUGGGCAAGGAGAUCCACAGGGCAUUAUCUUUGACCCAUCCGAGGGGGUCAGGAACAGGCAAGAAGCGUAUGUACAGUCCACCCAAGCUGGGAAUGUUCUCUGUUGGGUUUGCGCAUCAAUCCAAACUCCUUGAAGAAAUGCCCUUGAAGCGCUCGAUGGGCGGCUGCUGGUCCAUGAGCUCUAUUCGUUAUGUUGACCCAGCCAUCGGACAAAAUCGAUACACGCAACAAAUCCAGGAGGCUAAGUACGAAGCCCAGAUUUCAAAGUUCCAAGUCGAAUUUAACCAAGACGUUGAUGCUGAGCGGGCACGUCGUGAGGAGCAGGAAGAAAGAGUCACGAUGGCUCCUUUUUCGCCAAUUCGCGGCAGAGUGCCGGAUGACAUGUUUUGUAAGUAUCUCGAUCAGCGUGUGCCGCCUUCCGAUGAAAACCUCAUGGGUGACUCCGAUCUCGGAAGUUCGUGUGGUAGUCCUGGGGGGAUGGAGAUGUGUUGUGUGGAUGAUGUGAUGAAAGAUUUCAUGGUGCCUGAGGAUGUAUCUGUUGUGAAUAAGUCGGAGGAAUUCGAUGGAGAUGACGAGACCGCGGAGACGAUCGAUGAUCCGAUGGUUGAUUCAGGAGAUGAAAUGGUCAUGGUCCAAGGUUGA